UCAAGUCAACCGUACCACUGAGCAUACUGUUGCCAACUGCAUAGCACACAAAGUUGGAGACUUGGAGUAGGCUAUCAAACAGGUGAUGCAUUUUUAGUGAUUACCUAGCCAUUGCAAUCAUGAUUAAGUUGAGCCAAUUAGCCUUUAUCAUGACUUUGUGAUAAAAUGCCAUGUCGCAGGGUUUAGUUGUAUAGCCUGCCCUUGUUGUUGAUGUGCACUUGUUAACUGUACGCUAAAUACCAGCGCGUCUUUUUUUGCGACAGAAGCCUUCCUAUUUCAGUGGACACAGAUCAAUACCGAGAGAGCGAGAGAGCUGAGACUUCAAUAUUCUGCCUCACGAGUCAGAGCCAAUCUUUUUAGAUUUUGUUGCUUUUUAGCUUUAACGAUUUUAUUUCAGAUGCCUCCCAUUCCAUCAUUGUUCUGGGGCAUGCGAGAGUGGGAUUAGGAGAUAGGCUAUAUUGCGCAUGGUGCUUUAUAAGAGGGGCUUUGAUAGGUCUAUCGGUUGUGACAGUCGGACUGCGCCUGCCUGGAAUACAGGUGUUCUUUGGUCAAAUAUGGACGCAGAGCACAUGAUGCAUAGUAGAGCAGAUUGUCAACACUCACGACUUCAUCAUCUCAGUUAAACGCACCUCCUCCACCUCGAGAAAAUUGGUAUUCGGUGGAAAAUGAGAUUGUAGCCGCGUCUGUGAAGGGGGAUCUCAGCCGCUCUCCGUGGACUUUAGCAUUUUUCAUGGAUUAUUCAUCUCUGCGCCCUCAAUCGAAUGCAGUUCUGACCGUAGGGUGUUUGUUUAGCCUACUAUGGCUGUAGCGUAUCUGCGAAAUGCAUGGCCUUUUCGAAUUAACACCCGGUGAUUAUUACAUGCUGUUAUCUCAGUGAACAUUCAUUCAGAAGAUUCCUCCUCAGUAUUAUUCGUAAUAUCUCUCGGAUACCCAGCCUACCAUUCAAUAAAGCUAAGGAAAACGGUGGCGGACCCAAGCACAGUGCAAGCUGCAAGGCUUUAGUAGGCUAAACACUCGCCCAGAAGGGAGCAGUUUUGUCGGGGAGAUCAUGUCACAUUGAUGCGGCCGGGAUGUGCUUUGUGCUUGAUUAAAGCUCUGUGGGUGAACAGUUCGUAAAUAUAAAAACCGUUAGAGACUGAAUGAUGGUGCCUGGGGCUCCUACAACCAUGCUUCCCGCUUCCGAGGCUGCCAAAAUCUACCAGACCAACUACGUGAGGAACUCCCGCGCUAUCGGGGUUCUGUGGGCCAUCUUCACCAUCCUCUUCGCUAUAGUCAACGUGGUGUGCUUCAUCCAGCCCUACUGGAUUGGAGACGGGAUGGACACGCCGCAGGCCGGCUACUUCGGCCUCUUCCACUACUGCAUCGGAAACGGGCUGUCCCGGGACCUGACGUGCCAGGGCAGUUUCAUGGAGUUUAGCACCAUCCCCUCCGGGGCCUUCAAAGCUGCGUCCUUCUUCAUCGGGAUGUCCAUGGCGCUGGUCAUCGGAUGCAUCGGCUGCUUCACGCUCUUCUUCUUCUGCAGCACAGGCACGGUCUACAAGAUCUGCGGCUGGAUACAGCUGGCUGCGGGUACGUGCCUGAUUCUGGGCUGUAUGAUCUACCCAGACGGCUGGGACAGUGACGAGGUGAAGAGGAUGUGUGGGGAGCAGACAGACAAGUACACCCUGGGAGCGUGCUCCGUGCGCUGGGCCUACAUCCUGGCUAUCAUGGGCAUCAUGGACGCCCUGAUACUCUCCUUCCUGGCCUUCGUCCUGGGAAACCGUCAGGAUGGGCUGAUGGCUGAUGAGCUGCUGGAUAAGACUGGUAAUUCCAUAUAAACAGUUGAAUACUGUACAAAGGUGUCGGUGCCCGUCAGAGGUAAAGAUAAUGUAACACAACGUUCCAGCUUCAUACCUGUCACUCUGGAGGUGGAAAGGAAAGCUAUUGCUGUUGGAAAGAACAGAACGAGAAAAAGACGAAUGAAUAAAAGGAGGAGACAUCCACUCCAAGAGAACCCACUUAGUAAAGACCAACCCCUACGGCCCUUUCUCACCCAGACAUGACCUUGAGAGCAACAACAGAUGGAAGACUUCAUAUUGUUUUAUGAACUGAAAUCCGUUACUGAGUGGACACAGUAGGCCGAUAGCCUAGCGGUUAGAGCAUUGGGUCAGUAACCAAAAGGACGCAGGUUUGAAUACCUGAGCCGACGAGGUGAAAAAAAAGUCUGCCGUUGUGCCCCCUGAGCAAGGCACUUAACCCUGAUUUGCUCCAGAGGCGCUGUACUACUAUGGCUGACACUGUAAAACAACACAUUUCACUGCACCUACAGUGCCUUGCGAAAGCAUUCGGCCCCCUUGAACUUUGCGACCUUUUGCCACAUUUCAGGCUUCAAACAUAAAGAUAUAAAACUGUAUUUUUUUGUGAAGAAUCAACAACAAGUGGGACACAAUCAUGAAGUGGAACGACAUUUAUUGGAUAUUUCAAACUUUUUUAACAAAUCAAAAACUGAAAAAUUGGGCGUGCAAAAUGAUUCAGCCCCCUUAAGUUAAUACUUUGUAGCGCCACCUUUUGCUGCGAUUACAGCUGUAAGUCGCUUGGGGUAUGUCUCUAUCAGUUUUGCACAUCGAGAGACUGACAUUUUUUCCCAUUCCUCCUUGCAAAACAGCUCGAGCUCAGUGAGGUUGGAUGGAGAGCAUUUGUGAACAGCAGUUUUCAGUUCUUUCCACAGAUUCUCGAUUGGAUUCAGGACUGGACUUUGACUUGGCCAUUCUAACACCUGGAUAUGUUUAUUUUUUAACCAUUCCAUUGUAGAUUUUGCUUUAUGUUUUGGAUCAUUGUCUUGUUGGAAGACAAAUCUCCGUCCCAGUCUCAGGUCUUUUGCAGACUCCAUCAGGUUUUCUUCCAGAAUGGUCCUGUAUUUGGCUCCAUCCAUCUUCCCAUCAAUUUUAACCAUCUUCCCUGUCCCUGCUGAAGAAAAGCAGGCCCAAACCAUGAUGCUGCCACCACCAUGUUUGACAUUGGGGAUGGUGUGUUCAGGGUGAUGAGCUGUGUUGCUUUACGCCAAACAUAACGUUUUGCAUUGUUGCCAAAAAGUUCAAUUUUGGUUUCAUCUGACCAGAGCACCUUCUUCCACAUGUUUGGUGUGUCUCCCAGGUGGCUUGUGGCAAACUUUAAACAACACUUUUUAUGGAUAUCGUUAAGAAAUGGCUUUCUUCUUGCCACUCUUCCAUAAAGGCCAGAUUUGUGCAAUAUACGACUGAUUGUUGUCCUAUGGACAGAGUCUCCCACCUCAGCUGUAGAUCUCUGCAGUUCAUCCAGAGUGAUCAUGGGCCUCUUGGCUGCAUCUCUGAUCAGUCUUCUCCUUGUAUGAGCUGAAAGUUUAGAGGGACGGCCAGGUCUUGGUAGAUUUGCAGUGGUCUGAUACUCCUUCCAUUUCAAUAUUAUCACUUGCACAGUGCUCCUUGGGAUGUUUAAAGCUUGGGAAAUCUUUUUGUAUCCAAAUCCGGCUUUAAACUUCUUCACAACAGUAUCUCGGACCUGCCUGGUGUGUUCCUUGUUCUUCAUGAUGCUCUCUGCGCUUUUAACGGACCUCUGAGACUAUCACAGUGCAGGUGCAUUUAUACGGAGACUUGAUUACACACAGGUGGAUUGUAUUUAUCAUCAUUAGUCAUUUAGGUCAACAUUGGAUCAUUCAGAGAUCCUCACUGAACUUCUGGAGAGAGUUUGCUGCACUGAAAGUAAAGGGGCUGAAUAAUUUUGCACGCCCAAUUUUUCAGUU